GUUCCAAUGCACUUGGUGUUGAAGAUGGUACCGUUCAACUCACAGCAUCUUCUGUACAUAGCCGCGGAUUUGAGGCUGAAGAAGGACGACUAAAUGCAGUUACCAAUGAUGGAAGUGGAACAUGGAAACCGGAGGAGAACUACAACCAAACACAAUGGAUUCAAGCCAACCUCAGUGAUGUGAAAUCGGUUAUUGGUGUAGUAACACAAGGAAAUCCGUUUUCACCUAAUUGGGUGACGUCAUAUAAAGUUUCUUGGAGCGAUAAUGGUACCAACUUCAUUUUUGUAGAAAAUGUAAAUGGUACCGAGGUAAGCUGCUUUUAA